AUGCUUAAUGAUAUAGGUGGUCUGUUCCAUCCAGCGGAUCACGCCCAGGAGAUCGCCUUCCGAUAUGCAGUCGAGAAGAUAAACGCGGACCGCACGAUAUUGCAGCGUCCGAAGCUGCUCGCUCAAGUGGAACGCAUCUCGCCACAGGACAGUUUCCAUGCUGCCAAACGAGUGUGCCAUUUAUUGCGCACCGGGGUCGCAGCCAUAUUCGGGCCGCAGUCGUCGCACACGGCCUCUCACGUUCAGAGCAUUUGCGACACCAUGGAGGUGCCUCAUCUGGAGACGCGCUGGGAUUACCGACUGAGACGGGAGAGCUGCCUGGUCAAUCUCUACCCCCAUCCCACGACGCUCUCGAAGGCCUAUGUGGACUUAGUCCAGGCUUGGGGCUGGAGGACUUUCACGAUUAUUUACGAGAACAACGAAGGCCUAGUACGACUUCAGGAACUUCUUAAAUCUCAUGGAUUAUCGGAGUUUCCGAUUGCCGUACAUCAACUCGGCGAAGGAUCAGAUCACAGACCAUUGCUUAAGCAAAUCAAGAAUUCUGCAGAGUCACAUAUCGUGUUAGACUGUUCAACCGAUAGAAUAUACGAUGUUCUCAAACAAGCUCAACAGAUAGGAAUGAUGAGCGAUUAUCAUAGCUAUCUAAUCACGUCACUGGAUAUUCACUCAGUAGAUUUAGAAGAAUUUAAAUACGGUGGCACCAACAUCACAGCCUUAAGACUGGUAGAUCCAGAAAAGCCAGAUGUCCAAAAAGCAGUCAGAGAAUGGAUACAAGGAGAGCAAAGGCUUGGAAGAAGGUUGGACGCAGCUGCAUUUGUGACACGGGAAAACUCGACAGUGAUCAAGGCGGAAACUGCGUUAAUGUACGAUGCUGUUUUGCUGUUUGCAAAAGCCCUUCACGACUUGGACACGAGUCAACAAAUUGAUAUUCAGCCGCUGUCCUGUGAUGCGCAAGAUACGUGGCCCCAUGGGUACAGUUUAAUUAAUUACAUGAAAAUUGUGGAGAUGCGAGGAUUAACAGGUGUUAUCAAAUUUGAUCAUCAAGGUUUCCGAAGCGAUUUUCUUCUCGAUAUCGUGGAAUUGAGUAAAGAUGGACUGCGGCAAAUUGGAACGUGGAAUUCUACGCAAGGUGUGAAUUUCACGAGAUCAUAUAGAGAAUCGCAAAAAGAAAUUAGUGAGAUAUUACAGAAUAGAACUUUGAUUGUUACGACUAUAUUGAGUUCACCAUACUGUAUGCGCAAAGACUCAUCGGAAAAGCUAAGUGGAAACGCCCAAUUCGAAGGAUACGCCGUAGAUUUAAUUUAUGAGAUAUCAAAAAUAUUAGGUUUCAAUUUUUCAUUUCGUUUGGCACCCGAUGGUAGGUACGGGUCAUAUAAUAAACAAACAAGGGAAUGGGACGGAAUGAUGAGGGAGCUAUUAGAGCAAAGGGCUGAUUUGGCAGUUGCUGAUUUGACGAUCACUUAUGAAAGGGAACAGGUCGUGGAUUUUACUAUGCCUUUCAUGAAUCUCGGAAUCAGUGUGUUGUACAGAAAACCAGUAAAACAACCACCAAAUCUGUUCUCAUUCUUGUCACCAUUGUCGCUUGAUGUGUGGAUUUAUAUGGCAACAGCCUACUUGGGAGUUUCAGUGCUUCUUUUCAUACUAGCUCGAUUUUCACCGUACGAAUGGUCAAGCUCGACUCAUGAACCAAAUGCAGGCCCAGCCGAUCCCUCUGGGAACAAUAAAUUCACAUUGCCGAAUUGUUUUUGGUUCGUUAUCGGUUCACUGAUGCAACAAAGUUGCGACUUGCUGCCCAAGUUCAGCCCCUACGAAUGGGAAAGUACUCAACAUCCAUCUUGUCCAGGAAACGAGACAAACAAUCAGGAAAAUAAUCAGUUCUCACUGAUGAACUCGCUCUGGUUCACCAUCGGAUCGCUCAUGCAACAGGGUUGCGAUAUAUCGCCAAAAGCUUUAUCUACAAGAAUGGUAGCCGGAAUGUGGUGGUUUUUCACAUUAAUCAUGAUUUCCUCGUACACCGCUAACUUGGCGGCGUUCCUGACUGUCGAGCGCAUGGAGUCGCCGAUAGAAAGCGCCGAGGAUUUAGCCAAACAGACCAAGAUCAAAUACGGUGCAUUGGCCGGAGGAUCGACGGCUUCAUUUUUCAGAGAUUCAAAUUUCACGACCUAUCAAAGAAUGUGGUCCUUCAUGGAAUCAACAAGACCUGAAGUGUUUACUACGUCGAAUGUAGAAGGCGUAGAACGCGUAGUCCGGGGGCGUGGCACCUACGCAUUUUUAAUGGAAUCUACGUCCAUCGAAUACGUCAUCGAAAGAAAUUGUGAUCUUACACAAGUCGGAGGAUUACUUGAUAGUAAAGGCUAUGGAAUAGCUAUGCCUCAUAACUCUCCAUAUCGCACUGCCAUUAGUAAUGCAGUUUUAAAAUUACAAGAAGAGGGUAAACUGCAUAUUCUAAAAAGGAGGUGGUGGAAAGAAAAACGAGGCGGUGGAGCUUGCGCGGAAGAGGCAACAAAAGCCAGUUCGCAAGCCAACGAGUUGGGCCUAGCCAACGUUGGCGGAGUUUUUGUAGUUCUUAUGGCCGGAAUGGGAGUAGCCUGCAUCAUAGCCGUUUGUGAAUUUGUAUGGAAAAGUCGGAAGAUUGCCGUUGAAGAACGGGGAUCGUUUUGUUCAAAGAGCGCGUUCGAAAUUAGUCAAGCGAUUUGCUGCAGCGAUGCCGACAGCCAGGACCGCAGCGGCGAAAACAAUUCCAGGCCGGUGACGCCGCUACCUUGCCAGGUUCCCGAGACCAGGUUCCAUCCUUUGGGACCCCCAUAUUCGCCGUAUGGAUUCACACCUAAAGAAAUGAGAACAUGA